UGAAAGUGUUCUGAAAUUAGGGAGUGGUGAUGGUUGCACAACGUUAAGAAUAUACAGAAAGCUGCUGAGUUGUACUUUUUAAAAUGGCUAAUGUUAAGAGUGUGUGAAUUAGUGCAAUAAAGCUGUCAUAAAAAAUCCUGGCAUUACCUUCUAUCUGAAGGUGAGGAUCUUAAGAAGAUGAAAUGAAAUGAAAUAACAUAAAGCACUUAAAGCCCAGUGCCUGGGAUAUAGUAUGCACUCGACUAAUGGUUAUUGUCGCUCUUAAAGUAAUACUGCUUAAAUAUCUGUAAGCUGGAACUUUUAUUCACUGCAACAUCUCUAGAAUAUGACCUGUUAUGGGGUAUGCAGUCAUUAAGUAUCAUACUCGUCGAAUGAAUGCCGCUCAUUCACAUUCAUGUUCAGUCACAUUCACCAAUAUGGCUGGCUUUCUUGUUUCACUUCUUGCAGCGUGUUUGUGAAUCUGCAUCAGUUGGGCCUGCAUUUUGAGCUGCUUGUCUAGUGGUGGUACCCAAGAGAUAUGGAGCUCUUCACAGCACAUAUCUUCAGUGCUUAAGUUGGGGUUGUGGUGUACAGACUGAGUCUUGGGAAGCAAGGGCUCUACGUAAAUUAAAGAAGUUGGUGAGAUGGCAAAGCAAUACAUAGAGAAAAGUCUUUUGGUUCCAGACCAUGUGAUCACACGCCUAAUGAUGUCCGAGUUGGAGAACAGGCGUGGCCAGCACUGGCUCCUCGAUGGUUUUCCUAGGACAUUAGGACAAGCGGAAGCCCUGGACAAAAUCUGUGAAGUGGAUCUAGUGAUCAGUUUGAACAUUCCAUUUGAAACACUUAAAGAUCGCCUCAGCCGUCGUUGGAUUCACCCUCCUAGUGGAAGGGUAUACAACCUGGAUUUCAAUCCACCUCAUAUACAUGGUAUUGAUGAUGUCACUGGUGAACCAUUAGUCCAGCAGGAGGAUGAUAAACCUGAAGCAGUUGCUGCCAGGCUAAGACAGUACAAAGAUGUGGCAAAGCCAGUCAUUGAAUUAUACAAGAGCCGAGGAGUGCUCCACCAAUUUUCUGGGACUGAGACGAACAAAAUCUGGCCCUACGUUUACACACUUUUCUCGAACAAGAUCACACCUAUUCAAUCCAAAGAAGCAUAUUGACCCUGCCCAGUGGAAGAACCAGGAAGAUGUGGUCAUUCAUUCGUGUGUGUAGUAUUGGUGCUGUGUCCAAAUUAGAAGCUAGCUGAGGUAGCUUGCAGCAUCUUUUCUAGUUGCAGUGGUGAACUGAUAGGAAAACAGUUGAGUAGAAAGUGUUCACGAAGAGGCCCUCCUCUGCCUUUCAAAAAGAAGGUCACCUACACAUGUUUAAGGUGUCUCUGCACAUGUCUCAAGCCCUUCACAAGAAAGCAAGUACAGUGUGGAUUUAAAACGGGGUGUAAUUUCAGCUCUAGCUGAUUAUUGACAGCUGUGUUGUUGCUGUGGUAUCCUUUUUUACACGUGUUGGUGAUGGUCUCUGGUUCUCCCCAACCCCUCAAAGGCUGUUGAACCACAGCACUAAGAAGCCUGAGAAUGAACACGAAGGGCUGUAGCCCAGGCUUUGUCCUAUGCUGUGUGGUGUGUGCCCUCCUGGUGACAGUGAAAUUGAAGCUACUUACUCACAGUGGUGGUUUCUCUGGUGUUGAGUGACUGUGUCCACAGUUCAUUUUUUUCCAGUAGGAAUAACUUUUUUCUGCAUCCAUACUCCAUAGAGGCUCUCCUUUUCAGACAUCCUGAGAUGAAAGAAUUUAGCUUCUGUUUUUUGUUUGACUUUUUUUUUCUAACAUCUGUUUUCACUCGUAGGCUGUUAAACAAAACAGAUUGUUACUGCCCUUUUCCCUCUCAAAUUCUUCUAAGAACUGAGAGCCAGGGGACUGUAUUGAAUCUCUAUACACCGGGAACUGAGCUGUGAAGAGAAUCUUACUAAACUACUGGUCUGACUCUCAUGGAUUAACACUGUUCCUUUCUUUUAUUGUGAGAAAAAAAAAAAAAACCUAAAAGUCUUGGGAAUCCCCUAAAGUCUUUUGGGAAUCUGCAAAAAGCAUGGGAAAUAUAAGUAUUUAGCUACAUAAAUGUUAUAAGAUCAUGUCUUAUGUAUAGAUGUAAAAAGAUCAUUUGGAAUUACUGGACUAAUUGAAUAGUUAAAGUUUCUAUUCAGGACAAUAAAAUGUAUUUUGAAAGUGCUGCUAACUAUUGAUGCUGACAGUGUUUCCCUCCUGUGAGUGACCCAAACAUACUAUAAAUAGGUGGUGAAAGGAAUGAAUCCUGUGGGGUUGAGCAGAAUGUUGUACUAGCUGCCCCUGGACUGAGUAUAACAGCUUUACAAUUAUAGGAAAACAAAAUCUUUUUUUUUUUUUUUCCUGUUCCAAAGAUUCAUCCUAUGGAGUGGCCAUAAAGUCUAGAAUUAGAUACUAAUAUUUUGUCAUUCAUUAUAACAUAAUAUCAAUAAACCAUUUGUUAAAGGAUUUGCCUUGUUUCCAGACUUGGUGGCCACCUUGAAUAAUUUUUGCUGUCCUCUGGGAAGGAUGAUGAAAUUUAUUCCUGCUGCCUUAAAAAUAUGUAUCCCUUCUUCAUGCAUCA